UGUCUAGAAUAGAUUAUGCAAAUGGUUCUGCAUGUAGUUCCCGAUGAAGAACUUGAACGAGGCUAUAGUUGGUAACACCGCGUAGUAUAUAUUUUUUCGGUCAGUAAUAUUUCGUUUCGUGAAGGUUUGCGGCGAAACUUGAGCGACGUGUUAGCGUCUGUGUGUCAAAAGUUGCGAAGCAGGUAUUCAACGAACAUCGCCGCUACUGGCGGCUAUAAACCGCAUGUGAUCCGCUGCGUCUUCGUGCAGUUGUAGUAGCAUCAUGGGUUUGAUUUCUGAUCCGUUUUUAUUCGUCAUCGCAUUGAUUGAUACGGGUUCCGUGUUAUUUCUUCUGGUUUACUACGUAAUAACGCUGUCAGAUCUGGAAUGCGAUUAUUUGAAUGCGCAAGAAUGUUGUUCCAAGUUAAAUAUGGGAGUACUACCGAAAUUAAUAGCACACUCUUUCCUGGUGUUUCUUUUGUUAAUACAAGGACAACUAAUGUUAACAUUGGCGAAUAUACCAAUGACAAUAUGGCUGUUUUACGAGUACUUUAGUGUUCCCAGCGGAAAUAUGGGAGUUUAUGACCCCACUGAGAUUCAUAACCGCAGUCAAUUAAAGAAAUACAUACGCGACGUCAUGAUCCAUCUUGGGUAUUGCCUUGUGUUCUUAUUUAUUUAUCUCUAUUGCCUGAUUAUUGUGUUGCUCAAGGGAGACCCCAUCAACAGGAAUGAGGAUGAUAUAAUAGACGCAUAAUCUCAUAAUUGUAUAUAUGAAGAAAUUCACCUUUCUUACAUGCGUGCUCAUGUUUUUUCAUACUCAAGUCAUACUUAAGUUUCUGAAGAUUAUUUGGGCAACGUAUCCAGUGCACAUACGGUAUACACAUCAUAUUUUUUAAGCAGUUAGGAUGUAGGAUAAACAUUGUCAUUGCUUGCGAGCGUUUUCUCGGUCGUCAUUUAUGGUGGAUAUACAUAUUCUCAGAAUUUGCACAAGGUGUGCAUAAGACAUGCAAGUGACUAAGUCUCUAGUCGUAAAAACAUAAGCGUAAAUCUUUAUUAUAACAGAUAUAUUAUGUUUAAGAAUAAUAAUACAUCUGUGUUAUUUUAA